AUGAUGACCACUAAAACUGAAAGACCCCAACUUGAACUCCCGGGCGGUGCCAACAAGUUAUUGCUGCACUCAUGUUGUGCUCCCUGCUCAGGCGAGGUUAUGGAAGCUAUUCAGGCAUCAGGUAUCGAAUACACCGUAUUCUUCUACAAUCCGAACAUACAUCCGCAGAAGGAAUAUCUCAUUCGUAAGGAGGAGAACAUUCGUUUUGCUGAGAAACACGGCGUACCCUUUGUUGACGCUGACUACGAUACUGAUAACUGGUUUGAGCGAGCUAAGGGGAUGGAAUGGGAGCCAGAGCGCGGUAUCCGCUGCACAAUGUGCUUCGAUAUGCGUUUCGAACGGACCGCCCUCUACGCCGCUGAAAAUGGGUUUAGUGUUAUCAGUAGUUCGCUGGGGAUCUCAAGAUGGAAGAACAUGCAGCAAAUCAAUGAUUGUGGGCAAAGAGCUGCUGCGCACUAUCCGGGAAUGGUUUACUGGGACUACAACUGGCGCAAACAAGGUGGCUCCGCGCGCAUGAUUGAGAUCAGUAAACGGGAGCAGUUCUACCAGCAAGAAUAUUGUGGCUGUGUGUAUUCUCUUCGUGACACCAACCAGCAUCGUAAAUCUCAAGGCAGACCACUUAUCAAGAUAGGAAGAUUAUAUUAUGGUAAAGAAGAUGUUUGA